CCGCCAAUCGGCGUCUCCCUCCCACCCCUGCCAGGAGCCCCGCGCGUGCUUCAUGCUGCAGCCAGGCGGGGUCUGGAUCGCCGGGCAGAGUCUGUGGUGGCCUUCAAUUCGCCAGACCUCCCGGGUCCGCCCUCCGCUUGCGUCAGGCCGGUGCCAGCAGAGGCUGUAACAGUCCCCGCUGUGGCUCCAGGCAGCCUUCAGCCGCUGCUGUCUGAGUUACCCUGCCUCUUCCUUCAGAGCCGACGGCGCCCCUGCUUCGGUGAUAGGCUUUCGGGUCAUCCCGCUGGACCCUGCGCUGAUAGCCCAGAGCUGCAGCGCCGGCAAGCAUGCAGAGACCUGAGUUCUUUUGCACAGCUGGAGGACCAAGGAGGAAGGAGCAAACUAGCCACAGCGAAUGCAGUCACGUAUUAGGCGCACUGUGGGUUGUUCUACAGAUACCACAUGCAGUGUAGCUUAGUUGCAUUGUGUGAUGUGCAAACAUGGCCAUUGCAAAGGAGCAGCUCCUUUAUGGAUGUUUAAACAGAGAGGGCUCAAAGAAGCUAGUGAAUACAAUUAUGAGUUGUGCAGAUGAGUCAUUGGCUGGAUUGGUGGCUUGCAAUCCUAAUCUCCAGCUCCUACAUGGACACAGAGUUGCACUGCGUUCUGAUUUGGAGAAUGUGCAAGGCAAAGUGGCACUUAUUUCUGGAGGUGGAUCAGGACAUGAGCCUGCGCAUGCAGGAUACAUUGGGAGGGGAAUGCUCACUGGAGUGGUGGCAGGUCCAGUCUUCACAUCCCCUGCAGUGGGUAGCAUUUUAGCAGCAAUUCGGGCGGUGACACAAGCUGGAGCAGUUGGAACCCUGCUAAUAGUGAAGAACUAUACUGGGGACCGCCUGAACUUUGGGCUGGCAUUGGAGCAGGCACAGGCGGAAAGGAUUCCUGUGCAGAUGGUGGUGGUUGGUGAUGACUCUGCUUUUACCACACAGAAGAAGACUGGCCGCAGAGGCCUGUGUGGUACUGUGCUCAUACAUAAGGUGGCUGGGGCUCUGGCUGAGGCAGGUGUAGGUCUGAAUGAAAUUUCUCGAAGAGUUAAUGCUGUUGCAGGAGCAAUGGGCACUCUUGGGAUAUGCUUGUCCCCUUGCAGUGUCCCUGGAUCCAGGCCCACCUUCCAGAUUGCAGAUGAUGAGUUUGAGCUAGGCUUAGGAAUCCAUGGUGAAGCAGGUGUGCGCAGGAUGAAGAUGACUUCAGCAGAUCAGAUAGUAAAAAUAAUGCUGGAUCACAUGACCAACCUUUCCAAUGAGUCCCAUGUGCCACUCACUCCUGGUGCUUCUGUAGUCUUGGUAGUGAACAACCUGGGUGGAUUAUCCUACCUUGAGUUGGGUAUAAUGGCUGGAUCUGCUGUGCGUUCUCUAGAGAGUAGAGGUGUUCAUGUUGCCCGAGCUUUUGUUGGUUCCUUUAUGACAGCACUGGAGAUGGCAGGUGUCUCCCUUACGCUCCUGCUUGUGGAUGAUGAGCUCAUCAGUCUCCUUGAUGCAGCUACUACAGCAGUUGCUUGGUCACAGCCCGCCAAGCUACAUGUGUCAGGCCACAAAAGAGAAUUGAUGGCACCAAAGGAACGUCCUGAAGAACAGCUGUCUCCUUCAACAAGAGGCACAGCCUACCCCCAGAUGAGACCAGUUCUAGCAAGGGUAUGCAGUACACUUCUGAGCCUACAGGAGGAGCUCAAUGCUCUGGAUCGUGCCUCAGGUGAUGGGGACUGUGGCAGCACACAUGCACGAGCUGCCAGAGCAAUCCAGGAAUGGCUAAAUACAAGGCCUUUACUAGGGCACCCAUCUCAGGUCCUCUCUGCCUUAGCAAAAUUGUUGCUGGAGAAGAUGGGGGGUUCUUCAGGAGCGCUGUAUGGACUGUUUCUGACAGCAGCUGCUCAGCCCCUACAGAUUGCUGAUGAUGCAGCAGCCUGGUCAACAGCCAUGGAUGCUGGUAUUAGUGCCAUGAUGCGGUAUGGAGGAGCUGCACCUGGAGACAGAACCAUGCUGGAUUCACUCUGUGCUGCUGCUGAAGAACUCAGAGCUCUGAAGAACCCUGAAGCUAAUUAUCUGCAGGUUCUGACCAAAGCUGUAAAAGAGGCAGAGACCGCUGCUGAAUCUACAAAGCACAUGGAAGCUGCUGCAGGCAGAGCUAGUUACAUUGGUUCAGCCCAUCUAGAGCAGGCAGAUCCUGGUGCUGUAGCAGUUGCAGCCAUUCUUCGUGCGAUAUUGGAAGGAUUGCAGGAAAAAACAGCGUAACUUAGUGGCAUCGCUUUCCCAACCUUGGGUCCCAAUUCAGUCCUUGCUAAAAUGCCACCACUGUUCUCCUUCCCCUGUGCAGGGCCCUCUAUGGGAAUCCCAGAACCUUCUGAAUGACAUGGUGUUCCUACAGUAACUUAACCCUGACACUUCCCACCCGAGAGCCUCCCUAUAGUGGACAGCAUUUGGUAUUGUUCUGUAACUUCUUGCAUAAGAACUGGCCUGUGCUUGAGAGCCCUGCUUUGGAGAUCGGUACUUUCCUUCAUGCUUAGUGAAUUUUGGCUACAAUAGCAUCCUACCUUUUUGGAAUUGCUUGUAUAUCUUUCUCUCCUGAAACAAUACCUCCCUAUUUAUGAGAACUGCCAUUGAAUAGCUUUGCUUAAAGCCAUGGCCUGGUAUAGUUAGAAUAUCCGGGCAGAACAUUCUUCACUGCACUGCUUGAGGGCCACUGGCAACUUCCAACUAUGUCUUUGCAUCUCUGUCUCUCCCAUUCAUCUGUGCUCACUCGUGUGCUCGCUCGCUCGCUCUCUCUCUCUCUCUCUCUCUCUCUCUCUCUCUCUACAGUAUUACUUUUAGCAGGUGCUUCAGUUUUGCCUUGUUUGCUUUAGAACUUCGAGCUACCUGAGCAGGCUUUGGGUUUGGGAAGCCCAGAGACCUGCUGCUUGUCAGCUGGAAGGUGCUGGAGGCAAGGAGAACACAAGAACAGUGAACCAGUUAGCUGAGAUUGGAAGAGGCUCAAGUGGCAAAAGGCAGUGAGAUUGGCAGCAGUGCACUGGGCUGGAGAGGAGAUUGGAUCAGCCAGCGAGAGCCAUGUGCACCUGUGCUAGAGUUUGCAAAACUGAGUAGAGCACUUCUAGUGAUGGGAACAGGAGCCAACCCAAACCAAGGACCAAGAAUGAGUCCAUCUGCUCUUGCCUAUCUAGGCUGAAUGAGGCCUUGCUUGGAUGAUGUGGAGGGUUUGGGAGAAGAUGUGCAAAACAGACCUCCAGCAUCAUGAAUGGGAGGGGAGAAGAAAAGGAGAGCCCCCACCCAGCAUGAGAAAGGCCUCCAGUUGGUCUUGGUGCCAAUGCCUAGAGCAGAAGUGACUCAAGCUGGAGAAACACUGGUCAUUAUAUAUAAGUGAACAUUUUUUACUCGACUAUGCUAAAGUUUCUCAGUAUCUCUAGAUGUUGAGACCGAGAUAUCUGCAUAAAAUAUUUCACAGACAA